GGAACGAAUCGCUCCUCCGUAUGCGUUUACCUCCUCCUCUGCUUCAAAUCUCUCUUCUUCAUCUCUCUCUCUCUCUUCAGCUUUUAUAAUUUGCAGAACCAAUUUGUCGUCGAUCAUCCUCAAAACUCGAUUCUCUUCCCAUUUGACAGAGACCCAUUUCUCCAAUUUCACGUUUUCGUCUCUGUUUCAAGUUUCAACUCUCUCCACUGCUUUGGAUUUCGCCUCCCACUUGCCCCAUGGAGUUCUGUUCGCAGAUCCAUGGAAACUGGACCUUUCUUCCUCUGUAAUGUGUCUAUUUCUUGCUCCAGUUUUGUAGAUUUUGAGAUCUCUCCUUCUCCGGAGACUUGCAGAUCCAUGUUCUAGUGUAUCCCUAAUCGCAGCUGAACCGACGCGUUAAGAGAAUCGCCGCCCUCGAUCGAGACGAGACCGACAGUGGAAAUGAAGGGUUCGAGUCGUUUUUUCACGAUCGGGCUUGUGGCUUCCUGGUACUCGUCCAACAUUGGCGUCCUGUUGCUGAACAAGUAUCUGCUGAGCAACUACGGGUUCAAGUACCCGAUCUUCUUGACCAUGUGUCACAUGACUGCUUGUUCUUUGUUUAGCUACGUUGCAAUUGCUUGGUUGAAGAUGGUUCCGAUGCAGACGAUUCGAUCUCGGAUCCAAUUUCUGAAGAUUUCGGCGCUCAGCUUUGUGUUCUGUAUUUCCGUUGUCUUUGGCAACAUUUCUCUUAGGUAUUUGCCGGUCUCCUUCAACCAGGCGGUCGGCGCCACGACGCCAUUCUUUACGGCGGUUUUUGCUUACCUUAUGACGAUGAAGAGGGAAGCUUGGCUCACUUAUGUUACUCUCGUUCCUGUUGUUACCGGGGUCAUUAUUGCUAGUGGGGGUGAACCGAGUUUCCAUCUGUUUGGAUUUAUAAUAUGUGUUGCUGCUACUGCUGCAAGGGCUCUCAAAUCAGUACUGCAAGGAAUUUUGCUUUCAUCUGAAGGAGAGAAGCUGAAUUCCAUGAAUCUCCUUCUAUACAUGGCUCCUAUAGCUGUCGUCUUUCUGCUUCCUGCAGCACUUUUCAUGGAAGAAAACGUGGUUGGCAUCACUCUGGCUCUUGCUCGAGAUGAUAAAAAGAUCAUCUGGUAUCUGCUAUUCAACUCUUCACUCGCAUAUUUUGUAAACCUGACCAAUUUUUUGGUUACCAAACACACCAGUGCAUUGACACUCCAGGUUCUUGGAAAUGCAAAGGGUGCUGUUGCUGUGGUGAUUUCGAUUUUAAUCUUCAGAAAUCCGGUAUCAGUUACUGGAAUGCUUGGUUACGCGCUUACAGUUAUCGGAGUUAUCCUCUAUAGUGAAUCCAAGAAAAGAAGCAAAUGAGAACAAUGCAACUGAAGUGCAUUUUCCUACUUUUGUUCUUUGCACGGUGGCAGUAGUCGUCAAUACCGGAGGCAGCGGGUGUGGAUCGGCCUGUUAUAACUGCUAUUUUGACAAUGGCCUCCAAAUUCUUUUUCCCCCCUAAAAGAUUGUUAGCUUAGGCAUUGGUUUAUAUUUGUAUCAUCCUUACAAGAUCUGUCACAAAAUAGAAAUUUUAAUAAGGAAGAAUUAUGGGGUAAAGUUUUACUUCCUUAGAAAGGAUUAAUAGAAUUGUUUAUUACAUAACAGUUGCCUGUUAUUGUCACUCCUCGAUCAAUGAAGGGGGAAAACAACGUUAUCUUUUACCAUUUCGAUACAUUAUUUUGUUAAUUUCAAGUUA